AUGACAGAAGUAGUCACUAUUAGAGCACCUCCAGCGCAGGGCCUUUUGCCAGGGCAGGAGGCCCCUUUUGAAGGGUUUGGACCUCCAGCGCGCAACCAGCAGCCCAGGCAAGCCCAAAGGCUGAUCAUGCUUGGGCUUCAACCCGAAGGCACUGACGGGGUUGGCAAGGCAAAGGCAAGGCAAGGCUGGCCACUAUUCACGUGA